AUGACAGAGGAAAACAGCACCACAAAAAUCAAUGAUUUUGUCUUUAUAAGUUUCACCAACAAGCCUGUCUUGAAGAUCACUCUAUUUUUAGUGUUCCUGAUCUUUUAUAUGGCUACAUUGGUGGGCAAUAUAGGAAUGAUUUCUUUAAUAAGGGCCAGCCCCCAACUUCACACUCCAAUGUACUUCUUCCUCAGCAAUCUGUCCUUUAUAGAUUCAUUAUUCUCCUCUGUGGUUGCCUGUAAGUCUUUGGCAAAUCUUCUGGAAGAUAAAAAAUCCAUUUCCUUUAUUGGGUGUGCUAUGCAGAUGUACUUUGUCAUAGGCCUGGGAAGUGCAGAGUGCUUUCUCCUUGCUGCAAUGGCCUAUGACCGAUACGUGGCUAUCUGCAAACCCUUGUUGUACCCACUCCUCAUGUCACCCAGAGUCUGCAUUCUUCUGAUGGCAAGUUCCUAUCUCCUGGGCUUUUUGCAUUCCCUUCUCCAUACUGUUUUCACUUUCAGAUUGUCCUUCUGUCAAUCUGAGAUCAACCAUGUAUAUUGUGACAUCACAGCCCUUCUAUUGCUCUCCUGUACUGACACUCACCUAAAUGAACUUCUGAUUUUUUAUGUGGCUGGACUUGUAGAAGCAACUACUGUGCUGAGUGUUUUUCUUUCAUAUAUGUAUAUUCUUGCCAACAUUGUGAGGAUCAACUCAGCUUCAGGCAGGUUGAAAGCCUUCUCCACUUGCACUUCACACCUAAUUGCAGUUACCAUCUUCCACGGAGCAAUCCUUAUUUUACAUUUCCGACCAAAAUCAAGUAGUGGAUCUCCCAUCCAAGAUGUGAGUGACAAAAUUCUUGCCGUCUUCUACACUAUUAUCAUUCCCUUGCUGAACCCUUUGAUUUACAGUCUGAGAAACAAGGAGGUGAAGGAUGCCUUCAGAUCCAUAAAACAAGAGGUUAAGUUACAGUUAUACUUAUAA